CAAGAUAAGUCAAAAUCAUCUGGCCAUUUAGGUGCGAUAGAUGGAGAGCGAGUUGUUUCCUCUGACACCUACCGCAUCUGAUCGAAUUACUGACACCUCCGUGUGCGGUGUCCCGUUGGAUAGAGAGUCUUUAGAUGUGUGCGAUACGGAGUCGAGAGCUGGUUACGGCGGUGUGUUACCAAUUUCUCCACUAAAGCGUCGUUCCUUAGUUGCUGAAAUGGAUCUCCACCUAAAGCGCCCAGCGGUCUGCGAUUCUAGUUCAGGAAUGCUUAAAGGAGGUUCUUUCGUCUCCGAUGAUAUAUCGCAGGAUUACAAUUGUGUCAAUUCCUCAACUACUGUCUCGUCUGGAUUGAAUCCUGGUUCAGAUAUGAUUGACCAGCAUCUGUAUCUACCACAUUCAAGUGAGUUCGACAUGUCAAACGAUGGUGAGUACCGGGAUUCUGGUCACAGCAACCCUGUAACUUCGCGUGAUCGUACUGCAAGUUCUAUUUUACUGCAUGCUCAAAUGCCUCCAGUGGAGCAGAUGGAUAUUUGUGUUAACCGUCAGAUUGAUUACGACGGCCACCUUCAGGAGGGCGAGUGCGACACUUCCAUCUGUGUGGACCAGUCUUCCAUAGGUACUAUGAAGUCUGGUUGCACAACGCAGAACACGUCUCGUGAACGUAGUGAGUGUGACAACAACUCCCCAAUGCUUUCUUACAAUCCCAGUAGUCCCAGGUUACCUCCUCGUGACAUGCAGGGUUUAAGUAUGAUGCCGUACGACUCUGAUAUGCCUGCUGAUGAUAACAUGUUACCAUCCCAGCAUAUGGAGAGUAUCAACAUAUCAGACCCGCAUGUUGGUUUUGAGCAUAUCGAUUCAUAUCCCGUUCGGGGUGACUUCGCUGGCAUGAGCCAGAUGGAGAGCUCGGUAUCCAUGGCUCAUUUGGAGAAUACUGCCAUCCUGGAUACUAUGUUAGGUCCCACUCGGAGUGCCGACGCUUCCGUGUCUAACAUGCUACGCUCCAGUCUUGACCUGCGUGGUCAGAGUGACACCGUCGGUAGCCUGGAGAUUCGUCGUUUAAGCAAUGCAUCCGUUAACCUCGCUAGUGACUGCAGCGACUUGAAGCGUCAGAUCGUUGUUGACGAGAAUUUGACUAACAACAUUUUAAAGGACCUUAUAUGCUCCAUCUGUUUGGAUUAUUUUUACCAUCCAGUUACUCUAUUUUGCGGGCAUACGUUCUGCCGGUAUUGCAUUGGUCAUUUCAGACUGGCUUCUAAAUUCUGCCCGCUCUGUCGAAGGGAGGUUGGUCGCAUCCCAGCGGUGACCACUAUACUCUGGAACUUGGUAAAGUCCUUGAAAAUAAGGAAGCGCUCUGUGAUACCACCAGCUCCUCGCGAUGUUAUGCUCGAGGAGGAGCAUCUGUGGUGGCAGGAGAAUUGCCUCAAGCACUUUAUGAGUUUGCCAUUGUUUUUACGUAUCAUGUUCCGUGAUAUAGUCCAAUCACCUCCUUUUUUCGACGAUGUUUGCAGUUGCGUUGCUGAUUACUUUGACCGCAAUGACAAGUGGUCAAAGACUAAAUGGCUAUUCACAGUUGAGGACGCUCACGUGCUGCGUCGGCUCAUUGGGUUCGAUAGCGAUAACAUGGAAUACACCGCCACGAGGUUGCACCUUUGGAUAGAAGACUAUCUGUCCAAUAACCCGAACCUGAGUUCGUAUUCCGACGACCCUAUUCCUUAUGUCAUCCGUGUACAGGCUGACAUAACCCACAAGAUCGAGCCGAUUCUAUUUAACGCCUUUGAGAUUCUUAACAGGCUGCCCUGGGACGUCGGGCGCCACAACAAGAGUUUAAUACAUCUACCGCAUUCAUCGGUAUCACUAAGUCACUUGGUGUUCCUACCGUGUGGACAGGGUGGUAUUGGUAUAACUGAUUGCGGGUCAACCAUUGGUACUAUGAUCAAGAUUCAGGGUCAACACACCCUUCGUGACGGAGACCGUAUUCAUAUAGGUGACAAGCACGAAUUGGAUAUUAUAUUGUCUAACGACACCUCAAUGUCACCCUAUGGAAACUUUAUGUGGGACCCCGAGCACAGGGUAGUGGUUGACGUUACAAGCUUGGAAUCUACUGAAUGGGAUGCGUCAACUCUGGAACCUAUAGAGUGUCCAUUGAGAAUACGCAUAUACGCUGACUCACAGGAUGAACGAGAUUUAUGGGUGAGCCCUAAGGGUGUUAUACUAGGGCGCGGACCGCAGACGCAGUCUAACUUCGAGAAGAUUAGCGUCACCACCCAAAACGGAUACAUCUCGCGCGAACAUUGCUUACUAUGCUACGAUGGCAGUUAUAACCCAGGUGAACGUUGGAUUUUACGCGAUAUGAGCACCCUGGGCACAUUUUUGAAGUUGAAGCCAUUCCAGCCGCCGUAUAAAAUACAGGUUGGCAGUUUAUUUAAAGUGGGUCAAUGCAAGCUGGAGCUUUGUGACGCAUCCAGCGCACUGAGUCGCCGCGGCCAGCACUCGCCAGCUACAUUGAUUCUAUCUCAUCUGAUACACAAUCAUUUCUCUACAAUGUCAGCUCCCAUGGUUACAGCCCCGCCCGAGGGCACAAACAUAGUACAAUCUAGCAACGAACAGUCGGAGGUGUAAUGUUUAAAUAUACACAUAAUGCGGGUUUAC